UAAAAAAAACAGUUGUACGUUUCACCUUACAAAACCCAUCUUCAAUCAACCAGAGAUUUCACCAUCUUCUGUUGCUGGGUUUUUCACAAUUUUUAUUUUUAUUUUAUUUUCUUUCUGUUUCAAGCUGUAAUUUGGUAGAAGAGGUUGUAGUACUAGUAAAUCCCUAUGCUAGGAGACCCAUCAAGUGUCCCACCACCACCACCACCCUCUUCAGGCGGCGAAAAUCAGCCUCCUACCACCGCCCACCAUGAUGGCGGUCAAAGGUGGCCUAGGGAAGAAACUCUAGCACUUCUCAGAAUAAGGUCCGACAUGGACUUGGCUUUUCGCGACGCCACCGUCAAAGGCCCUUUGUGGGAUGAGGUUUCCAGAAAGCUAUCGGAGCUUGGUUAUAAUCGAAGUGGGAAGAAAUGCAAGGAGAAAUUCGAGAACUUGUACAAAUACCACAAGAGAACCAAAGAAGGCCGAUCUGGUAAAUCCGAGACCAAAGCCUAUCCAUUCUUCGAUCAAUUGGAAGCUCUCGAGAAUCACCAAUCCAAACCUCGAAUCCCCGAACCACCAAUCCCAGUAACCAAUAAUCCACCUCCAAUUACCACGGCUAUGUCUCAAAUCACUGUUCUAUCAACAACUGGGUCUGCGAAUCAAGCUUUGAAUAACCCCUCCCUUCUCCCACCACCACCUCCGUUGGAGGCGAACGUGGCUGCUUCUUUCCCUAAUAUUUCUGGGGAUCUGGUUUCGAAUUCGACCUCUUCUUCCACCUCCUCGGACGUGGAGCUCGAAGGGAGACGAGGGAAGAGAAAGAGGAAAUGGACCGAUUUGUUUGAGAGACUAAUGAAGGGAGUGGUGGAGAAGCAAGAGGAGUUGCAGAAGAAAUUCUUGGAAGCAUUAGAGAAAAGAGAGCAAGAAAGACUGGUGAGAGAAGAAGCUUGGAGACUCCAAGAGAUGGCGAGAAUCAAUAGAGAACGAGAAAUUUUAGCCCACGAAAGGUCCAUCGCCGCCUCCAAGGACGCUGCAGUCAUGUCGUUUUUGCAAAAAAUCGCGAAUCAACAGCAACAAAAUCAACCCGUUCCCGUACCACCUGUACUCAUACCAGCACCGCAGCCGGUGGCAUUACCAAUUGUGCCUCAACAACAACCGAAUCCGGAAACAUCGAGAGUGGAUAACAAUGGAGAGAAUAAUAUCCUGCCGACAAGUUCUUCGAGAUGGCCUAAAGUGGAAGUAGAGGCAUUGAUCAGAAUACGAACUAAUCUUGACUCAAAGUACCAAGACAAUGGUCCUAAAGGGCCGUUGUGGGAGGAAAUCUCGGCGGAGAUGAGGAAAAUCGGAUACCAUCGGAGUGCGAAGAGAUGCAAGGAGAAAUGGGAGAACAUAAACAAGUACUUCAAGAAGGUUAAAGAGAGCAACAAGAGAAGGCCUGGGGACUCCAAAACUUGUCCCUAUUUUUCCCAACUUGAUGCAUUGUACAGGGAAAAGAAGAACAAUAAUCAUAAUUUGUCCAAUGACGAUCGAUCGGUUACGAUGCCACAGAACGCGGUGCCAUUGAUGGUAAGACCGGAGCAGCAGUGGCCGCCUCCUCCUCCUCCGCAACAAGAUUUGGUUACAGAAGAUGCGGAGAGCGAUGAAAAUCAAGACGAUGAAGACGAUGAAGAUGACGGAGGUGAUCACUUUGAAGUUGUAGCCAAUAAACCACAAACUUCAAUGGGCGGCAGUCCAGGUGUGUAGUGACAUGUAUUCCGGCGGCAACCAUGAAUUUCAAGUUAUAGGCCAAGAAAGGUCACAAACAUCGAAGGUGUAACACAACAUAGUCAGUACUACUUUGUUUCAUAUAUAUAUAUAUACACUUAUAUAUAUAUAUAUAUGAAAAAAAAAUAAGUUUCAAGUUCCAAUAAAUAGAGACAAUGUUUUGUUUUUCCUUGUUUAA